GCGUCACUGAAAAAGUGUAGGAGUCCAGAAACUUCACUCAUGUAAAAAAACGGCAAUUUGAAAGCUGUGUGGUAACGACACACAGUACAGAGCUAUUAAAUAUAUUCUUCCGCUUUCCUGCUUUUUGGACUAUGCCUCGGAAAAAGCCAUUCAGCAACAAGCAGAAGAAGAAACAGCUGCAAGUCAAACGCGAGAGAAAGAGAGGUGACACAGGUUCUGGUCCGAGCAGCCGCAAUGCGAGCGUGGAGCGAGGAGGAGAGCGUCAGUCUGACACUUCUGACAGUGAGACCACUGACAUCAGAAGAAUAAACCAGCAGCCCUUUGGGAGAGAUGGCAGAUAUGAUCCAAACAGGUUUCGACUUCACUUUGAGAAAGAGAGCAGAGAGGAGGUGGAAAGGAGGAAGAAGCUGGCCAUGGAGACGGUGCUGAAGCCGGUGUCAGAUAAAGAACUAGAAGUCAGCAAAGAUGAAAUCUACCCUUCAGAGAAAGGACUCGGCUUCCCGCGUCGGCCGUGUUGGACUUAUGAGAUGACGCGGGAGAGCCUGCUGAGGAAGGAGGAGAAGUCCUACAGAGACUACCUGGAAGAUCUGCACUCCAGAAACCCACCCGGCUCCCUCAGCCACUUUGAGCACAACCUGGAGACUUGGAGACAGCUGUGGAGAGUAUUGGAAAUGUCUGAUAUCAUCCUUCUUAUUGUUGAUAUUCGACACCCGGUGCUGCAGUUUCCUCCAGAUCUGUACCGUUACAUCACAGUGGAUCUCCACAAGCAGGUGAUCCUGGUGUUGAACAAAACAGACCUGUGUCCUCCGCCACUGGUGAUCGCCUGGAAACACUACAUGGCCUCCCAGUUUCCCCACCUGGAGAUAGUCUGCUUCACGUCCCAUCCUGGACAAUCCUACAACACAGUGUUGCAGAAGAAGAGGAUGAGAAAAAAGGCUGACUGGAGUCGGGCCGGAGGUCUUAUCGAUAUCUUUAAGGCUUGCCAAGAGAUCACAGCCGGAAAAGUUGACCUGUCCAGCUGGGAGCACAAGAUCCAGAGAGACGCUGCUGCAGAGCGGCUGGACGGAGAGCCGCAGGACGAAGGAGCUGAAUCGGUUCUGGUGGAGCAUCAAAGUGACAGCGCUCUGGAGAUGAGCAACCAGGAGCUCUACAAAGACGGAGUCCUCACUCUGGGCUGCAUAGGUUUUCCUAAUGUUGGUAAAUCCUCUGUAAUAAACAGUCUAGUGGGGAGGAAAGUAGUGAGCGUCUCUCGAACGCCGGGUCACACCAAGUACUUCCAGACCUACUACCUCACCCCGACGGUCAAACUCUGCGACUGCCCCGGCCUCGUCUUCCCCUCCCGCGUCAACAAGCAGCUACAGAUUCUAGCGGGCAUUUACCCGGUAGCCCAGCUGCAAGAGCCGUACACAUCAGUCGGUUACCUGUGCGAGAGAACGCCUUACCUUUCUGUGCUGAAGCUCAAACAUCCCAGUUUGCAAGAGAAAGAAUCCCAGCAGAGCGUGGAGGAGCCCAGUUGGACCGCCUGGGAUGUGUGUGAAGCUUGGGCAGAAAGGAGAGGCUAUAAGACGGCGAAAGCGGCACGCAACGAUGUUUAUCGUGCAGCCAACAGUCUGCUGAGGCUGGCGAUUGAUGGCAGACUCUGUCUCUGUCUCAGACCGCCUGGCUACAGCUGCCUCAAAGAGCACUGGGAAAAUCAUCCAGACCUGCCUGAGAUUAUGGCUCUUCAGGGGAGAGGAGCAGAGGAGGAGGGAAGUGCAGAGCGAGAAGACGAGGAGGACGGAGAAUCCAGCUCCGAGCCUGAGGAGGAGAGAGACAGGGAUGCUGACGACGACGAGGAUGGUGAUGAUGAAGAUGAGGGGUUUGGACAUCGGGGGUGGAGUGACGACAAGCCGUCAUCAGGCUUCACUGUCAACAUGUACAACGUUCUGCGGGAAAAUGACUGUGAGUGAAACUACAGGAAGAGGAAAGCAGAAAAUAAACAGCUCCUACAAGGGGUGCACCGAUUGCGAUUUUGGCCGAUGCCGAUUCUUUUUUUUUGUCUGUAAUGUUGUUUGCUAAAUAUAGCAAGAAAGUUGCGGAGUAGUGCAUACAUGACAAACUCGGCUCUGUCACAUUCAAGUAUCGGCCGAUCACCGAUCCCCCAAAAUGAAGGACUGAUUUAUCAUGUCGGUGCACCCCUAGCUCCUACACUUCCCAGGCUGCUUCAGUGCACCUCUCAUUCCUUCUUCCUCCUUAAACCUGCAUUCCUUCUCAGGUUCUGUUCUCAUAAAAUUCUCCUUUGCACAUUAACAGAAUCAGCUUUUCUUCCAGUUAUUUUCCUUCCCGUUUAUCCUCCAGAGCGUAUUUAUGUUUCCCAUGCUGUGCCUCCGCUCGUUCAUCCCCACGACUCCAUCCUCUCUUUCUCAUUUUGCAUGUAGAUCUCCGAGACAAACGAGCAAAAUAAAUUCCCUGAGCCUGCAGCUGGUUUUCAACGUUUUCAUCAGAAAGUGACCUCAUAGCUGGAACGCCAAAGUUCAGA